UUACCAUGUGGCUGAGCUAGGUAUUCUUCUUUUGGUAUUUUUAUAUUUGUUUUAUUUCGUUUCUUUCGGGUAUAUCCUCGUCGUGCGCUCCGAGAGCCGACUGUCGCAUCGUCAUCUUUAAAUUCUUUCGUUUUCUCCUUGGCUUCACUCUCUCGACACUUGUCUGCUGGUCAUUUUCGUUCUCAUUAUCUGUUGUGUUUAGUAAAAUGUCUUCAUCCUUUUCUCGUCUUUUUCUCCUAGCCGCGUCUGUGACGUCGGUGAUGGCAUCCUGCGGAUCUUUAACGCAUCUCUUUCCAAGAGCCGAAGGAGAAGAGGUACCGAUCUCGAAAUUUGGUUAUACUGGCACAACGGGACCUGUUCUGUGGACUCAGUUGGACACUGCCGCCAAUGGACUAUGCUCCACAGGAUCCAACCAAUCUCCUAUUAACAUGGUGGAAGGGCAAUUCAAACUUAUCCCGGCAUCUGACACCCAGUUGACGAUUCCCGAUGUCCCUGAGGGCGCUGAAUUCGAAAAUCUCGGCUCCACAGUUGAGGUAGUUAUGAAAGGCCUUGGUGGAACAUUUGUCUUGGAGGGAAAGACCUACACAUUGGAACAAUUCCACUUCCAUCAUCCUAGCGAACACAUUGACAAUGGCGUCAGCCUUCCGAUGGAAAUGCACUUAGUGUUCAGCUCAGGAACCGACAUCGGGGUCAUUGGCGUCUAUGUUGAUCUAAUUGACGUCCCCCAGAAGACAUUCCGGGUUCACCUGGUACCUCGACAAACGCCGUCGACUUUACUCGAAACGAUUUUCAGUUCGGUCGGAGAAAUCGCUACUCCGGGUACCAAAACAAAGACCAAGCCGUUGGUGAUGUCUGAAUUAGUCAACACACUAAAGGCUGGUAACUUUCAGAGAUACACCGGCUCUCUUACGACACCUCCCUGCUCUGAGGGCGUUGCUUGGUCUGUAGCAACCCAAAAGCUUAUGCUAUCCAGGACCACUUUCCAGGCUGCGCGAGAUAUCAUUGGGUUCAACUCUCGUUUCCCCCAAAACAAUCUCGGUGCCCAGAACGUCCUUACACUCGCCUCUGGUGCUGCCGGCGCAGUAGCAAAAGCCCCGGCAACAGAACAAGCAGCAAAUGUUACUUCCGUGCAUAGGCGAUGGAUGGGACGCGGUGCGAAACUUGAAUAAAGCGACAGCAUCAACUGCCAUGAGGUCCGACGAAACUGAGACCGGAUAAUCUUGCCAUGAACCAGGUUUAGGUUAGCCCUCACUAAAGGGAAUCUCCGCGUUUAAGGCCUAAGCAUCU